AUGCGCGUCCCCUACGCCCCAAGUGAGCCCCCAAGUGAAGAAGCUCGCCCAAUUUACGAGCGCAUCGCCGAACGACGAAAGCCCCGCCCCCUCAUCCCCCUCGACCUCGCUCUCCUACACAACCCCGCGGUAGCAGACGGUUGGAACUCUUUCAUCGGCGCAAUCCGCACCAAGACCAGCUUACCCGCCAAUCUCAAAGAGCUAGCCAUAAGCCGCAUUGCCGUGCUAAACCACGCAGUCCACGAAUGGGACGUACAUGCCGCUCUGGCGUUGAAAGCAGGUGUUUCCAAACAAGUGCUACAGACUAUCUUUGAUUUACCUGUUACGAGACAUGGGGAUGUGGAGAGGGAAGGGUUGUUGGGUUUUAGCAAGGAAGAGUAUGCGGUCAUGGUUUAUACGGAUCAGAUGACUGUGGGUGUGCAGGUUGAGAAUAGUGUUGCGGAGAUGGUUAAGGCCGUGCUUGAAGACACCAUGGUUGUUGAGUUGACAGCGACGGUUGCAGCGUAUAAUGCCGUGAGUAGGUUCCUGGUGGCACUGGAUGUGGGAGAAUGCAAUGGCAGGCGCAUGAAGGGCGUUGAUGAGCUUUGA